GCCCCUCUUCGGCGGAUGCUGCGAGUCUUCCCGGGCCGCUGGUGCUAAAUGCUGAGCGCCGACAGGAUGGAGGAGUUUCAGAGCGAGGAAGAGGAGCCCUGGUACGACCAGCAAGACCUAGAGCAGGACUUGCACUUGGCUGCAGAGCUGGGGAAGACACUGCUGGAGCGAAACAAAGAGCUGGAGGACUCCCUGCAGCAGAUGUAUGCCACCAACGAGGAGCAAGUGCAGGAGAUUGAGUACCUGACCAAGCAACUGGAGAUGCUGCGGCAGAUGAACGAACAGCAUGCGAAAGUCUACGAGCAGCUGGACCUGACAGCGCGGGACCUGGAGCUGGCUAACCAGAAGCUCGUGCUGGAAAGCAAGACUUCCCAACAGAAGAUCCAGUGCUUGACAGAAACAAUCGAGGGGCUGCAGAACCAGGUGGAGGAGCUGCAGAAGCAGGUGGAGGAAAUGCGGAGCUUGGAGCAGCUCCGCAUCCGGAGGGAGAAGAGGGAGCGGCGCCGAACCAUCCACACCUUCCCCUGCCUCAAGGAGCUCUGCUCCAGCCCCAGGUAUGAGGAUGGGUUCCAGGUCCACAGCUCUUCCACAGAAUUCAACCAGAAGCCGCUGGAGAGGGAGAAUGAGCGUCUCCAAGCCAUGGUGAACUCACUGAGAUCCCAGGUGAACCAGGAGAAGCAGCGGAAGGAAAGGGUGGAACGUGAGUACACCUCGGUUAUCCAGGAGUACUCGGACCUGGAGCAGCGGGUGUGCGAGAUGGAGAACUGCAAACUGCGCAUCAAGGAGCUGGAGGCAGAGCUCCUGGAGCUCCAGCAGAUGAAACAAGUCAAGAAGUACCUGCUCAGCAGAGAGGACAACCUCUCCGAAGCCCUCCUCGAGCCACUGAACAAUGCCCCAGAAGCAGAUUACAUCGACCUGUCUGAGGAGGAGGGAGGGAAAAGCCACGGGACAUCCAUGACCCCUUCCCCAAACCACCCCGUGCGGAAAAGCUGCAGCGACACGGCCCUGAACGCUAUCGUGACCAAGGACGCUGUGAGCCGGCACGAGGGCAAUUACACCCUGCACGCCAACAACGUGCGCAAGCGGGGCAUGUCCAUCCUGCGCGAGGUGGACGAGCAGUACCACGCCCUGCUGGAGAAAUACGAGGAGCUCCUCAGCAAGUGCCGGCAGCACAAGGACAGCGUGCGCCACACAGGGGUCCAGACCUCCCGGCCCAUCUCCCGCGACAGCUCCUUCAGGGACUUCCGAGGAGAGGGGAAUGAGCUGGAAGAGCGGAAAACCAUGGAGAAGACCAUCAGCAAACAUGUGGAGGCUGUGGACAAGCGGCUGGAGCAGAGCCAGCCCGAGUACAAGGCUCUUUUUAAGGAGAUCUUCUCCCGCAUCCAGAAAACAAAAGCAGACAUCAAUGCCACAAAGGUGAAAAACAAGAGCAGCAAAUGAAUCCUGGCUCUCCGCAGCUCCCGUGUGCAAUUGCAACGGCCACAUCUUCUUUUGAGCCCCAGAAAACGCCACGUGGCCCCUCUGCUUUGAAGGUUUGAGAAGUCUGCAAGUGAGAGAAUGUCACAGGGACCCAACUCACUUUUUUAAGCUUAGGCUCUAGACAACCCAUUGGGACAAUUGUACAUUGUAGUUAGAGGAUUUCAGAAACCACAUGAUGGAUCUCUGCAUGAGUUACUGCCGCUGCCAGACAUCACAACAGCAACGUAAACCCCACCAUGAAAGAAAAGAAAUCAAUCUCCCCCUCCACUCUUUUUCAGCUUGUCCUACAGCCCAAUUAUCUGCAAGCAAAAGCCUGGAUGUCCUCCAGUGUCCUGCCACAGCUGGAGUACAGCGUCUCAAAGUAAAACAAAAAGCCAUCAGAACUUUAGGGGCUGCCCCAGCACAGCAGCCCAGUCCUCCGUUAGGUUUUAUAGCUGAGAAACCUAUGCUUGAACCCAAGAGAUUUCUAUCCCUGCCUUCCCCAAAGGGCAGUAUGGUCUUGCUAUUUAAGCCAUUCUCUAAUCAGUCAGGUUUUUCAGCUCUAUACAAUGCAAGCUCAUUGCAACUGGAAAAACUUGAAGAGAAACAUAAAACUGAUUGUUCCAUCUCCAUCAGCGUCGCUCAGUGUUUCACUCCACACUCUGCAGACCUUGCAGGCAUAUGGGAUUUACUCGCUUUGUCUGCUCUGGCAUUACAACCCAGGUGAAGCACUGUACCUGGUAGGAACUUGGUGCCCAGGGCUUUCCCAUAGCAAGACAAGAAGUGCUAUUACAACAUCAGAGACACACUUUCAUCUCAUGGUAUGGGUACCAGCUCUCUGUGCUGUGCUCUUCAAGAGGUCAUUGUCCCAUCAUAGCAAAUUCCUCAAAAACAGCUUGCAUGGGCUCACAAAACUGACUCCCAGGAACUCACACAAAAGCCAGGGGAUGCAGCAUCUCCCGGGACAGGAGUCUGGCCCUGGCAGUAGCAUGGAUCACACAUCACCCCUCACUCCUGCUCCAAACAUCUCCCCAGCCACAAGGACAAAUUUCAGCUUCCUGCUGAAAAUAAUCUUUCUUUGUUGAGAUGCUGAAGCCACUCAUGUUCCAGUUCCCUUUCCAGCACUGAAAUCUCCUCACUUUGGCUUCCACAGACAUGCAAACACACAGCCAAAAGGCCACUGCAGUCUCAGGUAUCACCAGUUUCCAGUUUCCCUGGACUAGAUGAUGACCUUGUACAGUCAGAUGCAUUUUAGGCAGAGAAGCAGCAUCUCAUUACAGCUUAGGCAAUACCCUGAGCAUUGAGCCACAAAACCCAGCAGCUCAGUAAGCAACCUACUCUAUACCAGCCUGGAGCAACCAUCAGCUACAUCUGGAUUCUCUUUUCACCAGCUUACAUCCCAAAAUCUUGGGUCAACAGCUGGAAACUUUGCAACAUGGAGAUACAGAAAUGUGAAUGUGGCUUUGGAAGGGGAAGACUGCUCGAAUGGAAUUAUCCCCCACAUCCAGGGCUUUGAUGCUACAAGGAACGACCUUUCUUUCACUCCCCAUGGAAUUAAUGCAGAAACCCCCCCCCAAAAAAAAACCUGUUUUGUUAAGCUGUGUGCCACAGAGGUAAGUUGGCAGGAAUGUGAUGCACAAACCACCCCUGCUCCAGAGGUCUCCUCCUCAAAACCACCAACUGCUCUGCUCUUCCAUACUCUGCAUUUCCAGGUGCCCCACAGCCCCAGACACAUCAGGAGCCGUACGCUCGGCUGUGGCUACCAGCUCUCCAAACUGGCAACAGUACGGAGAACCUUCAUGCCUUAUUUAUUUAUAAUGGAAAGCAGUUGUCUAAUAAAAUAAAAUAAAUUAAAAUGAACAA